AUGUCUCAACAAUUUUUCUUUGAUGAUAUCCAAGUCCGGUAUCACCCCAACAGUGGGUGCCCUACACAAGUCUACCACUUCGAGGAUUAUAGAUGUGGCCCUGGUGCUCCAGCAGUGCCUCCGAAAGUCGAUCCUGAGCCCUGGUAUCCAUUUCGCACUUGUAUUGACUUUGAAGUGGCCGAACUUGCUCAUGAAGCUGCGCUAACUCAUGAGCAGACAGACCAGUUCAUCAGACUUAUUCAUCGCAGUAGAUGUGAGUUGUUUACGCUUCGGAAUCAUAAAGAUGUGCGAGACAUGUGGGACGCAGCCUCGUUCAAAUUGACUCCCUUUACGAAGGAAGAGGUUGUUGUGCCCUUCCGAGGCGUUGACCAGACCUUUCCGUUUUUUCAUUGCUCGCUAUGGGACUGGGCUGUGGACUUACUUCAGGAUCCUGAAGUUGGUCCGCAUUUCGUUUUCGAUGCCCAACAGCUUUCAAAGUUCGAUGGCGAGAAAUUCAUUCAGUAUAUUCACGAGCCUUGGACUGCUGAUGCCUUCUGGGAAUAUCAGUUGAAGAUACCAUCAGAUGCUAAACCACUUGCAUUUAUCCUCUACGCAGACAAGGCCAAAUUAUCAUCCUUCGGUCGUGCAAAAGGUUAUCCGGUAGUUGUGCGGUGCGCUAAUCUUCCUGUUGCUGUUCGUAAUGGUGAGGGCUUGGGUGGCGGGCGAGUUGUGGGUUGGUUACCCAUUGUAAAAGAAGACAAGAAACAUUCCGGAAAGCCUGCCUUCGUUAAUUUCAAAAAUGCCAUGUGGCAUACAUCAUUUUUGAAGCUGCUCACUUGUCUCGCACCGCUGUUGAGGCUCGGCUCUUCUGUUAAAUGUUGGGACGAUGUUGUCCGCAUUUUCUAUCCAAUCAUACUCAUACUCUCUGCGGACUAUGAAGAACAGGUCGUGAUGGCAUUGAUUCGUGGUCUAAUGGGAAAGUUUCCUUGCCCUGUCUGCCUCGUUCCUCGUGAGGAACUCUCCAAGGGAUUAAAUGCAUAUCAAUUUCGCACAGAGCAGGUAUUGAGCUCAGAGAGCCUCCGUGAUGUCGAUAGUGCAUUUGACACCAUGGAGCGCACCAAUGUCUACCGAGCUCUAUCAUUCGACAAACUUCACUUUAAUGACAAGGGAAAGUUAGAUCACCUGUGGACGGAAUUGCAAAAAUGGAUCACUAAUUCUGGUCGACAAGUUGCAGUGGUAAUUGACGCUUUGCAAGUAUUUUUUUUUGUCUGUAGUAGCUUCGAAUCAUUUCCGCGUUGGCGAAAUUUGAAUCACUUUGACCAGGUGGUAUCAAUAUCCUUUUCUGAUGGAACAAAAUAUGAAGAUAUAUCGAAGCUGAUCGUUUUCGCUGCCCAUAAUGUAUUUAAGCGUGAUCUGGAUCCACAGGCUUAUCUCCUGCUUCGUUGUAUUCGGAGUUAUGUGGAAUUCAACACAUGUGCAUUGCUAGAGGUCCACACCGAGGAUACGAUCAGGGAUGGCCGAAAUACGUUGUUGGAGCUUACGGAACUUAUGGAUGUAUCAGACCUCUCAGAGAAGUCUUGGAAUUUUCCCAAGAUGCAUCUUUCCGCUCAUCUCUUCAAUGACAUUGAGGCAAAGGGCAUCACCCGAAACUACAAUACGAAGCUGAAUGAGAAAAUGCAUGGCCCACUGAAGGAUGCUUAUCAAGAUUGUACAAACUUCAAGAAUUUCGCAGAACAGAUUCUACGAUACAACAAUGACAGCUUAGUUGCGGAAUAUAUUCGUAGCAAGAUGGAGUGCCUCGAUGUGCAGAAUCUCGGUUCAUUAGUUGUGCCUGAUCCAUCAGAGGUUGAUUCAGAUGGGCUCGAAUCAACCGAUGAACCAACUGAUAUACAGCAUUUUAGUCUUGGUUCGCAGCAGGCAACCAAAUCAUUUGCGGAUAUCGAAGCAACUAACGCAGGUGAUGCAGCCUUUGAUCAAUUCCGGAUCAAACUAAAUGAAUUUUUGAAUUGUGCAUUCACCACUAACGACAUACCAUUUCCCAAUGGAAGACGCAUCCAACUUGCUGUGAAUGACAUGAUAACCAAGUUCAGAUUUAUUAAAGUCAGCUACGAGUCACUCGUUGACUGGCGAAGUUCCAUGGACUAUCUCCGAUGUAAUCCAAUGUUCCAUGGAUCACCUCGAUACGAUUGUGUCAUCCUGCAGGCAGAAUCUGGUCCUAUCUUCGCCAAACUGUUUUUAGUCUUCACCUGCACAGUUGGGGAUGUCGCAUAUCCUAUUGCACUCACACUCCCAUACAAUCAACCGGUGGGCACUCGACCACGGAAGGAUAAAGACUUCAAAUUUUGGCGAGUCAAGGCAAAGCCCAGAGCCUCUGCUGAGUGCUUUUCAGUCCAGUCAAUAAUCCAGGGUUGUGUAUUGGCAGAGGAUAGUACCAGAGCGAACGAGUUCUUGGUUGUUGAUACGACUGACACAGAUAUAUUCUUUUGA